GAUAUUAGAACGCGAACUGAGCUGGUAUCAAGUCGAGCUACACCGAACCGACCGAACAACCGUAGAACCAAAAGAAAACAAAAAAGAACAAUUCAACAACCUGUUCAAAUCUAAUUACAUAUAUCAACUUAAUACUUAGCAAAUAUUUUCGGAAUACCUUUAUGCUAUGUCCUCUACUAUACUUUGUGCAGUGCUCCUGAAAUGAAAUAAAUUACAAUUAUUUUAAACAACAAAUCUUAAAUAAAACAAAUAUAAAUUAUACGACUCAAUAUCGCUGUCACUGUCGCUAUAUCGUGUUGCAGAUUUUCUAAAGCGAAUUAUGAAAUUCCCACGUCGAUGUAAAGUGAGAUGAUUUGAGGUUUGGUUUCAUUUUCUGUUCCGUCGUCAACAUCAUGCUGGGCAAAUACAACACAAAAGCAUUCAUAUCGCUUGGAUUGACAUUCAUAUUGAUGUGGAUUAGUGAGGCCACGGACACCCACAUGAACUACAACUACACAACGAAGCCCCGAGUGGUUCUUCCGCCUAAUUAUGUCAAGGAAAUGCGACCGCCCUCAAAGAAGGGCUCACCAGUGAUAGUAGACUUUAGCAUAUUUGUUGUAGAUAUUAACUCAAUUAAUGUAGAGGAUAUGGACUUUAGUCAUUAUAUAUUCAUUUACAGAGUUGACAUGUUUAUACAUCAACGUUGGAUGGAAUCCCGACUGGAAAUAUCGGAUGACAUAUUCGAAGAGGGCGACGACUAUGUCACUUUACUUCCUGAAUUUUUCGACAACCUUUGGCAACCAGAUCCGUAUUUUCUAAAUUCGAAAAUUGCCGAAAUAGCUACCCUGACGCACAAGUUCACAUCGGUGACGCUAUACAAGAAUAAAACCGUUCGAUAUGCAGCUCGCAUGCAUGCCAUAAUUGCCUGCCAGAUGGAGUUCCAACUCUACCCCAUGGACAUCCAAGUAUGUCCCAUUUACAUUGAGAGUUUUUCGUCCAACAAUCAGAAGGUAAAGCUGCGGUGGUCCGACUCGGGUGUAACGCUCAAUCCAGAGCUAAAACUGCUGCAAUACAAUCUCGGCCAGCCCUUGGAGCUGGAGGAGAGCGAUGGCUAUAUGCCCGAGAAGGUGGGCAACUUCUCACGUCUCACCGUCUACUUUCGCUUCGAGCGGCAGAUUGGCCAUCAUCUGAUCCAGACAUUUGCUCCAUCCUCGCUGGUUGUCAUGCUGUCGUGGUUCAGCUUCUGGCUCGGCCUGGACGCCAUUCCGGGACGUGUAACGCUGCUGGUCACCUGCAUGCUGACGCUGGUCACAAUGUUCACCGGUCUACGGGCGGAUAUACCACCCGUUGCGUAUGUAAAGGCGCUUGACCUUUGGAUGGCCGGAUGCAUGGUGUCGGUGUUCGCUGCCCUCGCUGAAUUUGUCGUUGUCAAAGUGUUGGAUGUCCAGUACCAGUACCAGGUAAACCGAAUACCAAAGGUACUGCCCAUGCGCAUAAGCAAUAUGGAGAAAGGUCAAUGUGCAACUGUGGCGAGCUGGGAGGGAGGCGCCGUACGGUCACGAAAGGCCACACAAACUCCAACAACGCCAGGCCAGACAUCGCUGCAGGGCAAUGGAGGACCACCCAAGCCCGCCCGUCGACAGAGCCUGCUGUCGGUGGCUUGGACGGACACGGAUACGGGCGUGGAGAAGAUCAUGUGGCGUGAGAUCGAUAAAGUGUCGCGGGCCGUAUUUCCCAUAUUGUUCUUUGUCUUUGUGCUCCUAUAUUGGCCCAUAUUGCUGAUGAAGUCGUCCUAGGAUUUGGGGAGUUCCAGAAUACACAUUUCUGGACUCCGUUAAAAAAUCGAAAAGGAACUCAAUCCCAAAAUGUUGCAAAGACACAAAGACAACGAUACAAGGAUACAUACACUGCAAUACAGUUUAACUUUAUAGCGCUCCAAACAAAUCGAUUGCUAUGAGUAUAUAUAACAUAUAUAUUAUUACCAUAUCUAAGUAUUAUCAGGUAUACAAGUAUAUAUGUAGUAUAUAGUUUCCUGCGCUAACGCUUUUACUACGCUAACCCCAAAACGAACUUCUAGAUCUACAAAAAUUGGCAUUGCUCAGUGAUAGAAUAUUUGAAUUGGAGUUGUUUUAAGCGGUCUACUCAUAGCAUCCUUAGCCAUGUUCAACAUUGUGUACCUGAGUUAACGAAUCAGAUCAGAAUAUGGCAUACAAUUCUUACAAAUGAUGAUAUCAUAUAAUAACUAGUAUAGCUCACAUGCCGUGUCAGAAUCGGGCAGUGUAAAUGCUGUGAACGUUUAUCACGGUGCAGUAUUGAAUAGCGCCACCUAUCGGUCAAUGCUUCAUAGGUGGAAGAGCGCAUUAAUUUUAUCCGUUAGCCGGAUACCGGAUACAGGGUAUUUUUCAGACAUCGGAUAAAUUUGAGCUCGGCCUUAAGCUCAACUGUAAAUUCACAAACAAAGCUUGAUAAUUAAACCUCAAUCAAAACUAAGCAAGCUUUGCUAAUCGAAUUAAUCUAUAAUGUGUUUAUUUUUAUAUAAACGGUCGAACUUCACUUACAAAAACCCUUAGCGGAGGUCGACAGUACAUUAUAAUCUUUGUAUAGUAUAUUCAUAUACCACUUUGCCUCUAGUGGAAUAAUUAAAUAAUUAUUUUUUUAAUCAUAAUUAUUAGUUUUGAUUUUUUUUGCUAGCAUAAAUUUACGCUUAAGCUAAAUCAGCCAGAAAAUUGAUUGGUGCUUUAAAGAGAUAAUAACAAGUUUACAACCCUCUAAGGAUCAAUAUCUAAGUAUAUAUUAUUAUGUAAAUAAAGUAGUAAAUAUGCUAUUUAGGAACUUUUACACACAAUUGAGACAAAUAACACUUUAGAGCUGUGGCUUUAUAUUAUACUAUACUAUAUUUGAUAUAUUUACCUGUAGUUCAAAUGGCACACACUCAAACUCAAGAGAAGCUAGAAAUAUUGUCGUAUAUUAAAUAUACUUAAGUGAAGCGAAUAUUAUAUUUUGUAUAAAAUGAAACUGUGUAAAUACAAUACAGAUAACAGAAACAGAUAAUUCAAAUUUAAGAUUAAAAUAAAACACCUAGACAUUUA